AUGAAAAGCUUUGAAAAUGAAGAGGGAAGAGGGAAGGGGAAAAGUAAGGUAACGGGAACAAGCCGGAGAAAUGAGAAGGGCAAGAAGGAUAAGCAUGGUGAAGUGCAAAGGGGUGGCUGGAGUUUUAAAGGUUUCACGUAUGCUUUGCAGAUAUGCGUAUAUGAAUUAAUUCCUAGAAUGGCGGACCUGAAUUACUGCAAGGUUGUUGAUCCAACAGCUGUCCCACAGCAAAGAGGUUUGUCAGUUCAGUUGCGGGCGCUACGUCCGAGUGAAGAGAAAAUGAGACAACCAUAUUGGAGUUGGCCACAGGAUCGCCUUGCUGUUGUCUCGGUAGGGUCAAUUCCUUCUUCAUAUGCUGACCUUGAUGAGUUGAAUAAGGUGGUAAGCUUGUUGAGGUCCGAGUUGUUUCAAGUAAAGCGGGAAAAGGACGUCCUUGAGUUAAAGGUCAUACGGAUGGAAAAACUUUUGGACCACUGUUUAGGUCCUCAGUUUGAGCAGGAAGUAAGGAGGGACCUAGCUUUAUUGAAAGAGAUGACGAAUCGUUGUGCCAUCUCACAUCUAUUUAAGGGAAGUGAGCAAAUGGAUGACAUUCAAUGUGAUGAAGGGCCAAGUAACAGAAAUGAGGGAGAGGAAAAGGAAGAGGAGGGGAUUGAAGGGGGUGAAGAGCCAAGUAACAGAAAUGAGGGAAAGGAAAAGGAAGAGGAGGGGGUUGAAGGGGUGAAGUGCAAAGAAAACCAAGUGAGCAAGGGAGAGGAAGCGCAAAGAAAGAGCAGUGAUGGAGAGGAAGUGAAAAGAAAAAGCAGUGAUAUACUAAACGUUGUAAAUGGCAAGUAUCACAUUCAUACUUUCUUUACGGAUAAUAAAAGAAAAAAAGAGCAGUGUGAAAUCAAAGUGUACGAUUCAAUAGUUUCACUUAUUCCAUAUGAGAUCUUAAAGGAAGAACUCGCCUCGCUUUCAAUUACGAUUCCAAAUCUUCUCAACACCAUCGACUUUUAUGAAGAAGGUGUUUACGCAAACGAUUGCAGCCGAGAUUGGUGGUGUCCAUGGUCAAUAGAACGUGUGAAUGUUCCACAACAGUCUAAUCAAGGCGAUUGUGGCAUGUUCGUGUUGAAGUACAUUGAGCUUUUGAGCUCUGAGAUUCCGUUAGAUACUUGCACCUUGCAGAACAUGCCCUUUUUUCGAUUGAAGUUGGCUGCAGAGAUAUUACGGGGAGAAGUUUACAUGACAUGA